AUGACAUCGUUCGAGUCCGCCGAUUCUAACUAUUCGAUCUUUCGCGAAUGUCUGUCGAGUGCCAUCGUCGAGAAAUCCAAUGUACAUCGACCGACCAAGACGCCGAAACGAAAAGCCCACAAGUCCGUCGGCAGACGUAAUGUGAAGGAAGAUGACCUGGAACUCUCGCAGCAAAUCUCAACAAUUCCAUUGCCCGUUCGGACUGAUCCAGAGGAACUGGCAGAUUUCACUGACUUUCUAGCCAGUGAGAUCUUCACCUCGUUGCCUCGGGACUUACAAACGAUCUCCUACUCCUUGGUCCAACACACUCCCACUCUGAGCGAUCGAUACACCUCAUCUGUGCCAACGCAGACUCUGCUGGAUACUUUACCCGUUUCGGUCGCCGACUCGCUUUCCGUAUACGGACUCAUCCCGGACGUCAGCGACGUGCCGGAUUUUCUCGCCCGAGUGAUAACCGAGUAUGUGGUUGGGGUAACAAAGCCACCGCCGAUGUGGGCAACGACGCGGUCAUCGGCGUGUGAGAUCUGUGAACGGGACUGGAUCCCGCUGUCGUAUCAUCAUCUCAUUCCGCGCGGGGUGCAUGCUAAGGUGCUGAAGAAAGGGUGGCAUGACAAGUGGAUGUUGAAUAGUGUGGCGUGGUUGUGUAGGGCGUGUCAUAGCUUUGUGCAUCGCAUGGCCAGUAAUGAGGAAUUGGCUCGUGAGUGGUAUACAGUUGAUCGCAUCAUGGAGAGGGAGGAUGCUCAGGAUUGGGCCAAGUGGGUGAGUCGAGUUAGGUGGAAGGCACAAUAG